AUGUCGUCCGACUCGUCCCCGACUCAGUCCGUGAACCCCCUGCCUCUUGGCCCCCAUUUGCCUCCCCCUCCCCCAGAUAAUAAUAUGCCGGCUGAAGACUCCGGGUACUGGAGUGCUGCCCAAGCUUCCUCUGAUUCAGAACACUCCUCCAGUGAGGAUGGGUCUGACCACGGUCAUCCCGAUCCCCAAAGCAACUUCGCAACUCUGCAGGCUUACUGGGACCUCCCCCCACACUCCAUGAGCCUCUUUGGCGAGUGGCUAACCUACCCGGGCUUCCCUAUUUGGGAUGAGGUUCUUGACUAUGUCACACAUCGCUGCCCCCGCUUCAUCAAACACUUUAAACUCAUGAAAGGACCAGAAGGUGUCAAAGUGCAGGGCAUCUCGCUGGUGCAUAAGGUGAUGUCUGCAUUGUGGGGAACCAUAUGCAGGGACAAUGUUGCCGAUUAUACCGAUCACUUCAUGCAUUACAUCCCCAUCCCCGAAGACGGCGACAACACUGCCCCUGACGAUGGCGACGAUGCUGGCCCCGAUGAUGGCAACAACACUGUCCCCGACAACAGCCUCCACUCUGCCCCUGAUACCGACGAUGCUGCCACAGAGCCUGUUGAUGAUGACAAUGUUGAUGCUGAUGAUGAUGCCGGCUCUGUGGCCGACGGACUGAGUGAUGAUGAGGACAUUGCCGUACGACGCGAGAUGCAAUUCAUUGACUUGUCUCAAGGUGUGAGGCAAAUUGUCCCCGGAACCACUGUUCUGGACAACAUGGGCAGGUGUGUAGUGCUACAAGAGAGGGAAAGGAGGGCCACCCCCACAUCGGAAGGCAUCUCUGCAAACAUCCCAAUCUGGCGCACAGUCACUGAAACCUCUUCUGCUGAGCGUGCAGAACAUGUGUUGCAGAAGACACAGGAUCAGAUCUUUGUGAAGGUGAACGGGACCUCAGAGGGGUAUGAUCUUGUCCCCCAUUUUGUACUUGACAUCACCGAAUUCCCUUGUGACGCCUCCGCCAAUCCUCGUCUGCGCUCGUCUGCGCAAAACAAAGAAAGCACCCAUCCUGCAGAACAUACCAAGCCCGCAGAAUCUGAACUCACGUGCCAAGCGUGUUUUGGACUUCGGGACUUCGGUUGGUCCUAUGACGGAUGUGUGAUUCAGGGACGCAUCGAGGUGGUCCUGUACGCCUUCUCGAGCAUACAAGACUUCGACCUGCUUUCUCAGGGUGUCAAGGAAAACAGGGAUCCACAAUGGUUCAUUGAUCGCGGGCUUGCCGCGCCUCGUGUGUACCUCUUGUUCUUGCACCACCCACUGGUCGCAGUACUGCAUAAGGAAGCGAUCUUCAACGACUUUUCACAAGCGCUCGAGGAUGUCGCGGACCUGAAGAAACACCCCAUCCAUAUUCCCUGGGACCGCAUCAUCUCAAUCUUGCGCAAUGCGGCAAAGUCAGAUGCCGAAACGCGCCUUCAUCAGGAAAAUCCCCCCCUCGGAAUUAGCAUUAAUGCUGCAACAUCCACACUAUUACUGCGAAUACGUGGGAUUACUCCGCAUGCCGACAGCCAUUCGUGACAUUCUCGCGAAAUUCUAGGUAUGAUAGGAAUCGGUUCUGUAUACUAAGUAAUAUUGGUGUCAUUGAUGUCAUUCACUGUGUCAGGCACUAGGUUCACAUACAGAACGAGAAUAAGCAUGGCAUUCCGACACAUGUACAUAGUGGUACUAAUAUAAAUUGUAGAGGCUAUGGGGGCUUUGGUACUAAGUUGGACACGGUACAUUCAUUUAAGACGUUCUCGCUCGUCCAAUGUACUGGAGGCUUACGCGCGGGCACGGUCAAGUACCCGCCCCGUGUGUACAGUCAUCCCGGGUCCUCGCGGGCUGGCGCGGGUACGGAUAUUGGCGACGCAUCGAGCGGGCGAGGAGAGUGGACGG